CUGAAGUUGAAGGCAAAGGGAAAAUGGCUCAUUACCAUAAUGACCAUAAAAAGAACGAUGAAGUGGAGUUUGUCCAAACUGGCUAUGGGAAGGAUAUGGUCAAAGUUCUUCGUGUUCAGCGAAAUGGAAAAUAUCACAGCAUUAAAGAGGUGGCAACUUCGGUGGAACUUAAUCUGAGCUCCAGAAAAGACUACCUGUAUGGGGAUAAUGCAGACAUCAUCCCCACAGACACCAUGAAGAACACAGUUCAUGUCCUGGCAAAGACCAAAGGCAUUAAAAGCAUAGAAACUUUUGCCAUGCAUGUCUGUGAGCAUUUCCUUUCUUCCUUUAAUCAUGUCAUCCGAGUUGGAGUCUGUGUGGAAGAAGUUCCUUGGAAGCGUCUUGAAAAGAAUGGAGUUAAGCAUGUCCAUGCAUUUAUUUAUACUCCCACUGAAAAGCGCUUCUGUGAGGUUGAGCAGAUGAGGAGUGGACGUCCAGUCAUUCAUUCUGGAAUCAAAGACCUCAAGGUCUUGAAAACAACCCAGUCCGGAUUCGAAGGAUUCAUCAGGGACCAAUUCAGCACCCUCCCAGAGACGAAGGACCGAAUCUUUGCCACCCAAGUGUACUGCAGGUGGCGCUACCACCCGGGCAGAGACGUGGACUUUGACGCCACCUGGGACACUAUGAGGGACAUUAUCCUGAAGAAGUUUGCUGGACCCUUUGACAGAGGCGAGUACUCGCCCUCUGUCCAGAGGACCCUCUGUGACAUCCAGAUGCUCUCCCUGAGCCAGAUCCCUGAGAUAGAAGAUGUGGAACUCAGCCUGCCAAACAUUCACUACAUUGAAAUUGACAUGUCCAAAAUGGGACUGAUCAACAAGAAAGAGGUCUUCCUACCAUUAGACAAUCCAUACGGCAGAAUUACUGGUAAACUCAAGAGGAAGCCGACUUCGAAGCUGUGACAUCGUGGCCACAAGUGGGAGUCCAUGAUUAGUUGAGGCUUUCAGUGAGCCAGUUGUAAUGCUGGAAAUCAUGGUAUGUAGCCAUGCAGAUUUUCAAUCUAGUAUGUUGAUUCAUGGUGCUAAUGUGUUUUCCUCCUGUAUGAAAGAA